AUGGAGCGACACUUGAAAGUUUCAAAAUCUGAUAAAUCCCGUGGCCCUGUUAGUGUCCCCAUUUAUUUUGAAAUAUAUUCAAGAUCAAAUUGGACUUUGGAAACCAUAGUAUCAGAGAAAAACCUCUCAGUAGGUAAAGGAAUCAGGAGACUAAACCCAUAAAUAGCGUCGACGCUGCAACUCCAAACAAGGGGCGGGUGCUUUUUCACUGCUGGUUAUCAACGUCACUGAGAGCAACUAUUGAACAACAUAGAUAAGGAAGUCAUUUUUACUGUUUAUAAUUGGAUUGCUUUUGCUAGAAAUAAAAUUGAUGUCCCACUUGCAAAACCGCCGAUAAGAACUCGACGUAUUAUAUCAUUAACAAGAGAAUUCAGAGCGAUAAAUACAGAAAAACAGGUUCCUCUAAUACUAAAGAAUAGUUCAAAAUAUUACCCGGGAUUGUCGUUAAUUAAUGACUAUGAAAAGUUACCCCUAGUAUGUGUGGGUAGGAGUUUCACAUUAGUAAAGACCAAAGUAAAGGAGUGGAUUUCACUUUAGUGGAGACCCAUCAAAAGAGUGGGUUUCAUCUUAGUGAAGACCCAAGAAAAGGAGUGGAUUUCACCUUACUGAAGACCCAUCAAAAGAGUGGGUUUCAUCUUAGUGGAGACCGAAGUAAAAGAAUAGAUUUCGUGUUAGUGGAGACCCAUCAAACGAGGUUUCAUCAUAGUGGAGACGCAAGUAAUGGACUGGGUUUAAUCUCAGUGCAGACCCAUGCAAAGGAGUGGGUUUCAUCUUAG